AUGCCUUUGUCCUUAAGCAGCCCUGUGUCGAUUGGACGAGGUGGUGACAGGAUCACAGUGGUUGAAUACAACGAGCUCCAACUAUCCUUCGUCACUUGGCGUACGACUGCCUUGAUAGGCUCUGGCGACCAGAGCGGCAAGCGCUUCGAGAGAAUGUUCGAAGCCUUACUGGCCCAGAAUGGAAAGAUCUGCAAAUUGCCGUCUGACUUGGAUUCUGGGCUGGGGCUUGCAGGAGAUUUACUUCGACAGGGUCGGGAUGUGGCUAUCCUUGCGUGCGGUGGUGAUGGCACUGUGACGUGGGUGCUGUCCGAGCUGAACGAAAGGCGAGAAACCGUCUUCAAAGAUCUUCGGCUACCGGCAGUUGGCAUAGUUCCAUUGGGUACGGGCAAUGACCUGGCCCGCUCUCUCGGUUGGGGCCCCGCCCUCACAGACAACUUCCAGCUACUUGCCUAUGUGCAGAGAGCUUUGAAAGCUGAGAGCGUGCUGCUUGACCAAUGGCGACUGACCCUGAGACCCACCCAUCUUCUGCCACCAUCCCUGCGGCAACGCGGUACUGUGGAGUUUAUUGGCUAUUUUACCAACUACUUUUCCGUCGGGAUGGAUGCACACACAGCCUUUGAAGUUGGGAGGGUGCGGUCCUCUGCGCUUGGCAAGUGCUGUUUUAGAAUGCGCUGCUGUCCACCAUGCCGGUUUAUACAUGGCGGCUUGCUUUGUUAUGCACUCAACGGGCCCAACUGCGCGAGAUGCUUGUGCUGUCGCACCCGAGCGCUUAACGACGACUUGGAAGUCAAGUUUGAUGAUGAUCCUGGCACGGUUACAUUCCCACACUCCAUCCGCCAGUUUACACUGACAAAUUUGAAUUCUUACGGUGCAGGCAUGCUCUUGUAUGGCAGCGAGGCCGUCGGCAGACAGGUCAGCCCAAAUGAUGGGAGGCUGGAGGUUUUCACCAGACAAGGUCCCUACGGAGUCAUUGGCAUGACCUUGGCCAAGAAAGUUCUAAAGGCCUCAUGUGGCAAUAUCGAUAUUGCCUUCCAGCCACGGCGGGUGGAGAUGCGUCUGAAGAAAGGACAGCAUUUCCAGAUGGAUGGGGAGCCAUGGCUACUGAAUGCUGCCUGUACGGCCGUGAUUGAGAGGCAUACCAAAGUGCGUAUGCUUUGUCCACACGAGGAUGGUCCAGGGGCAGGUGAGUGGUCAGGGUGCCAGAAACGGCACUUCUGGCAGACUCGCCGGCAAGGUUCUUCGGCUUCAGCGACCGAGCAGGAACUCUGUGUGCCCUUUGCAUCUCGAGAAAGCACCCGGACGACGUGA